AUGCUCUCCUCGUUGCAGAAUGCCAUGGUAUUUCAGAUCUACGCAACACUAUCACGGGCAUUUGACAGAGAUAUUCCAGCCAGCGACCCACCCUCGUACAAAGGAGUAGCUUUGGGAGGCACUGUGGCCGGAGCAAUACAAAGCUUAAUUAUCAGCCCUGUGGAAUUGGUGAAAAUCCAACUUCAAUUGCAAAGCAAAACCAAUCAGUACAACAAUCAAGCAGCUAGUCUCAAGGGUCCAAUAGAUGUCACAAGAAUAAUAUUCAGACAGGAAGGUUGGAGGGGGAUAUACCGCGGGUUAACCAUUACUGUCCUCAGAGAUGCACACUCUCACGGUCUGUAUUUCUGGGCAUACGAGUAUACUAAAGAGCAACUUCACCCUGGCUGUCGCAAGAACGGCCAAGAGAGCUUCCAAACAAUGCUCAUAGCUGGUGGUCUAGCAGGAGCUGUUAGCUGGAUAAGCUGCUAUCCACUAGAUGUUGUUAAGACCAGACUCCAAGCUCAAUCACAGUCUAAAUCUGCAAAAUAUCACGGUAUUGUUGAUUGCUUUAGGCGAAGUAUGAGAGAAGAGGGGCACGGUGUGCUCUGGCGAGGUGUGGGAACUACAGUUGGCAGAGCAUUUUUAGUGAAUGGGGCUAUUUUCACUGCCUAUGAAACUGCCCUGAGGUGCCUUUUCAAUAACAAUAACAAUAAUCAUGCAAAUGUUCAAUCUAAAAAUGCAUUAUAA